CAACAGCACAGCACAUUACCCCUCACUAUCACCACCCCAAUCUAUAUUUCCAUCUUUUCUCUCUAUUGCCUCUUUCCUGUUAUAAUCCACUUCAAUUCUACUCUCGAUUCAAUAAACUACCCGAAGACAUACCCUCCAUUCCCACCGGCAGUCAAACCACAAUGCCCUCCCUCAAGGAAAGCACCAUCGCCUUCAUUGGCGGCGGCAACAUGGCCUCGGCAAUCAUCAAGGGUCUAGUCGCACAGAACAUCGAGAAGCAGAAGAUCGUCGUCGCCGAGCCCUGGGAGGUCAACCGCUCCAAAAUGGACGCCAUUGGCGUGCGCACCACGACCGACAAUGUCGCCGCCGGCGGGGACGCCGACAUCGUGAUCAUCGCCGUCAAACCCCAGAUCACCAAGACCGUGUGCCAGGAGCUCGCCGCCUCGUGGGCCCAGCGCUCCACCCUCCCCAUUGUCGUGAGCAUCGCAGCCGGCAUCACCAUGAAGAGCCUGCGCGAGUGGGUCCAGACGAGCGACGGCCGCUCGGCGCACAUCGUGCGGGUCAUGCCCAACACCCCCGCCCUGGUGAACGAGGGCGCUUCAGGCCUGGUCGCUAGCGAGGAUGUCACGGCGGAGGAGAAGGAGGUUAUCGGCGAGUUGUUGGGCAGUGUGAGCAAGGCGACGGAGUGGGUGGACCGCGAGGAGCUGCUGGAUGUCGUGACAGGAUUGUCUGGAUCCGGCCCCGCCUAUUUCUUCGCCAUGGUCGAGCACCUUGUGGCUAGUGCCACCGCUUUGGGUCUGUCCAAGGAGCAAGCGACCCGUCUCGCGGCGCAGACGUGUCUGGGUGCCGGUAAGAUGCUGGUGGAAUCGGACGAGGAGCCCGCGCAGCUGCGCAAGAAUGUUACCAGCCCCAACGGCACAACGCACGCGGCUUUGCAGACCUUUGAGGCUCUGAACUUCAAGGAGAUUGUGGACAAGGCGGUACAGUCCGCUACGGCACGGGCUGAGGAGUUGGGAAAGACCCUCGGCUAGAUGUUCUUUACUUUAAACUCCCCUUUAAAAAAAAAAAAAAAGGAGAAAGG